AUGUCAAGAAACGUGGUGCUAACAGUGGUUGCCACAGCCGCUAUAACUACUGCAGCGGUGGAACUAUACCACAGAUACUGUGCUCCACUCAAGAAAUCCACAACGAAGAAGACUUUGCAGCCACCCAGACAACGAAAAUUUUCACCUGAUGAAUAUUCAGAAGAGCUCAUUCGUGAACAACUAGCAAGAAACUAUGCAUUCCUCACUGUAGAAGGAAUGGCCAAAGUACGAAAUCAGAGGAUUAUAGUUGUUGGUGCUGGUGGUGUUGGAUCUUGGGUUGCAACCAUGCUUGCACGUUCGGGAGUUGAGCAUUUACGAAUAAUUGAUUUUGAUCAAGUGUCAUUGAGUUCAUUAAACCGUCAUGCUGUGGCGACGAUAUCGGAUGUUGGUAUUUCCAAAGUUGAUUGUUUGAAAACCCACUUGUUGCAAAUUGUACCAUGGAUUGAAAUUGAUGUGCAAAAUAAGUUGUGGAAUUUGGACCUGGCCCAAGAGUUGCUAGAUUUCAACCCCACUUAUGUCAUUGAUUGUAUUGAUAAUUUCGAUACCAAGUGUGAUUUAUUGACCUAUUGUCAUCAGCAUGGCAUCCCCAUUGUUUCAUCAGGUGGUGCAGCUACUAAGUCUGACCCAACUCGAAUCAAUGUUGCUGAUAUAUCCAAAACUGAAGAAGAUCCCUUGUGUAAAAAAAUUCGUAUUGUAUUGAAAAAGAGAGGUAUAACCACUGGUAUUCCAUUUAUAUUCUCAGCCGAGAAGCCUGAUCCAAGAAAGGCUAAACUUUUACCAUUGGCGGAAGAAGAGAUUGUCAAGGGUGAAGUUGAUCAAUUAUCUGCGUUGAAGGAUUUUCGUGUUCGUAUAUUACCGGUGUUGGGAACUAUGCCUGGUAUGUUUGGUUUGGCAAUUGCUACAUAUAUCUUGACUACAGUAUCUGGCUAUCCAAUGGAACCAAUUGAAGGUAAAAACAGGUACAAAAUCUAUGAUGACAUGUUGCAAAGUUUGGCAGGACAGCAAUUGCGUAUCGGUGAAGAAGAUCAACGGGUCAAGAUUUCCAUGGCUGAUGUAAGUUACAUCUUGGAAGAAGUGUUUAGAGGUAAAUCACCCAUAUCAAACUAUUCAACUAGAUUAGCAUUGAGUAAAUGGGAUCCAUCAAAGGAAAUUAGUUUGCAAAAUGUUGUGGUUAUGACGAAAGAUGAGCAAAGAAAACAUGAAAAGAGAGUAUUGAUUGGUGGGGAAAAAUUAGAGGAUGUUUAUCUGAAAGAGGUUAUUGAUUUGGUGAAAUCUAGACAUGCUGAUGAAGCGUACUAUUCAAAGUUUAGAUAG